CUGCAGGAGAUAAAAAGGAGAAACUCGUUUGAAGUCAACACAUUCCACUUAGACGUUACCAGGAGAGUUGCAUUAGACAUCAGGUUUAACACAAAACUACCAAUAUGGUGAAUGCAAAGACCUGGACAUUGCGCAAGCACUUUGUGGGUUUCCCGAAAUUCAGCGAUUUUGAAAUGAAAGAAGAAAAACUUCCAAAAAUAAAAGAUGGAGAGGUCCUGCUUGAGGCUGUUUUUCUCAGUGUUGAUCCAUACAUGAGGCCGUACAGCGUAGUCCUUAUGAAGGAAGGCGACGUGAUGAUUGGAGCUCAAAUUGCUAGGAUUGUUGAAAGUAAAAACCCCCGUUUCCCUGUUGGUUGCCAUGUGGUUGCCAGUACAGGUUGGAGAACUCACUCAAUCUCUGAUGGAAAAGAUCUGCAGCUUCUUCUCAAAGACUGGCCAGAAAGCAUCCCCAAGUCAUUGGGGCUUGGAACCAUUGGCAUGCCAGGGUUAACGGCUUACUACGGCCUCAUGGAAGUGUGCCAGGUAAAAGAUGGAGACAUCUUGUUGGUUAAUGCUGCCGCUGGAGCUGUCGGUUCGGUGGUUGGGCAGAUUGCUAAAAUAAAAGGCUUAAAGGUAGUUGGCUGUGCUGGAUCUGACAAAAAGGUUGCUUAUUUAAAAAAACUUGGAUUUGAUGAGGUCUUCAACUAUAAAACCGUCAGCUCUUUGGAAGAAGCAUUGAAGAAAUGUUCGGCAGAAGGAUAUGACUGCUAUUUUGAUAAUGUUGGAGGCCAAUUCUCUAGUGUUGCUUUAGAGCAGAUGCGCAUGUUUGGAAGGAUUGCUGUGUGUGGAGGCAUCUCCUUGUACAACGACACUACAAAGCAGACAGGUCCUUAUGUCCAGACUGUUAUGAACUUCAAGCAACUCAGAAUGGAGGGAUUUGUUGUGAACAGAUGGAAACACAAAGAUGAGGAAACUCUAAAGCAGCUAAUGGCAUGGGUGAAGGAGGGUAAGCUGAAGUACGAAGAGCAUAUCACAAAGGGCUUUGAAAACAUGCCUGCAGCCUUUAUGGGAAUGUUGAAGGGAGAAAACACUGGCAAAGCUAUUAUUGCAGUUUAAGAAGUGCAGUUCUUCACAUUUGUGCAAUAAUAAAAAAAUAUUACACUGCUGUCAUUCACAAACAUUCUUUUUUAUAGCUCUGACUAUCACCUUUUUUUCUCUUGUGCAAUUUAAAAAAUCAUUCAAAUACUGUAUGUUUGUUCAUUUGUAAAACAUACAA